AUGGGGGUGAACGUUACCAAUCCAUGGGCUGGACAAACGAACACCCUGGGAGUGUAUUCAACUAAGCUCAACAAGUUUCCCGUAUUUAAUCUUGAUGACGACCUCAAAUACCUGUGUAUCAGUGCUGUGAGUGCCAACACCACCAAGGCCACCCUCUAUGCUCUCAACGUGUGGAGAUACUGGUGCAUGACCAAAGGACUCGGAGAUUACAUGGACAUCACUAAGAUCCCAGCAGUGAAGCUCAAUGAACUCCUCGAGGACUUUUACAACACUGUGAAGAAAACAGACGGCUCCGACUUUCUAGGUAUGUCCCUCCACGCUAUCCAAUGAGGCCUGGACCGAAUUCUCAAGAAUGCUGGUGCUGGUUUCUCCAUCACCAGCAGCACCUUCAGCUCUUCCACCAGAAAGCUCAAGGAGAAGCUUAAGGUCCUGAGUAAGGCUGGGAUGUCUGGUGCCCUCUCUCGUAAUGUUGUCUUCUCCCUUUCCAAUGAAGAAGAGAUGUGGAAGAUAGGAUGCCUGGGAGAUAACAGCCCCGUAGCCCUGCUGUCCACGGUGGUGAAAUACAACAGCCAAUACCUGAACAUGCGUACCUUACAGGAGCACGCGGACUUAAUGUUUGGUGACAUUGAAUUGCUCAAAGACUCCCAGAACAGGCCGUUUUUUGCCAGAACGGGUAGCGUGAAGCAAGAAAACAGGGUGAACAUGAACAGAGGGUAUUACGGACAGAUCUACCACGAGCACUCAAAGUUCUGCCCAUACUGCCUCCUCUACAAGUACAUGUACAUACACUGGCCCCCAAUGCAGAUGGAGUCCAAGUCUCCCUUCUACUUGAUGGCCCAGAAGGAGGUCAGCGGCAUGGGGAACAUCUGGUACGAGGAGCAGAGGAUGGGGCUCCGCUCCCUCAGGAGUGUCAUCCCCAAGCUGGCGAAGAAAGUGAAGCUGGAGCACUGUGAAAAUUUUACUUUUGUCUCCUUCACUCAGGCUUCCAGGAAGUUGGGCACUCAUAAUUGCUAG